CCGCGGCCAACCACACCCGCCAACCCGCCCACUCCGUCCGUCCCAUGCCGCCACGCCUGCGCGGCGUGCGUCAGCUGCCUCGCCCGCCGCGUUCCUCGACCAUGACGCCGCCGCGGCACUGAUUUCGGCGCGGGUUUUGUCCCGUGCCGCCGCCGCCGCCGCCGCACACCGCGCGGAUCGGAGGGAUGGCGUCCACGGCUUGGUCUCUUCCCCAUGGCCACUCGCCCCGCGGCUCAUAUAGCAGCCGCUCCCUCCGUUUCUCACCCGUCGGCCCCGCCUGUUCUUCUUCCAGCGGAAGCGGCACCCUGGGAGGAUUGAAAUCUGCCAGAAACCUAUAUUUGCAUCCAGUAUCAAGGGGAAGUCCUGUUUCGUGUUCAUUAAUGGAUAUAUCCAAAAGCAAGCAAGGUCCAGAUCAUCUCCUUGUUCUUGUCCAUGGUAUCAUGGCAAGCCCCAAAGACUGGACAUAUGGGGAAGCAGUGCUGAAGAGGCGUCUGGGUGAUAAUUUUUUCAUCUAUGCUAGUUCAUCGAACAUCUACACCAAAACAUUUGAUGGGAUUGAUAUAGCUGGAAGAAGGUUAGCAGAUGAAGUCUUGGACGUGGUUAAGAAGAUGUCCAGCUUGAGAAAGAUUUCCUUCCUAGCACAUUCAUUGGGUGGUCUGUUUGCUAGAUAUGCUAUUGCAAUACUCUAUUCACUGGAAGCAAAGAAUGAAGGACAAAGUAGUGCACAAAUUGUUCCUGCCGCAAGAGGAUCUGCAAAAUCACGAUACACUUCAGGAUUAGGUGCAGUUGCUGGACUAGAGCCGAUAAAUUUUAUUACCUUGGCUACCCCACAUCUUGGGGUUAGAGGGAGAAAUCAGCUUCCGUUUCUUCAAGGGCUAUCAAUUCUAGAAAAACUUGCUGCGCCUUUGGCUCCUUUAAUUGUUGGGCGCACUGGUGCUCAACUCUUUCUUACUGAUGGUGAUCCUAGCAAGCCACCUCUUCUGUUACAAAUGGCAUCUGACUGUGAGGACAAAAAGUUCAUACUAGCAUUAGCAGCUUUUAAGAACCGCGUUCUGUAUGCUAAUGUUUCAUAUGACCACAUGGUUGGCUGGCGAACAUCUUCAGUAAGGAGAGAAAAGGAUCUUGUUGUAAAGCCCUCCCAUCGUUCACUGGAUGGCUAUAAGCACAUUGUGAAUGUUGAGUACUGUUCGCCCGUGUCAUCAGAGGGACCCCAUUUUCCUUCCAAGGCUGCCAGAGCUAAAGAAGCUGCACAACGAACUCCAAACACAGAAAAUACCGAGGAAUACCACCAAAUGAUGGAGGAGGAGAUGACCCAUGGAUUGCAGAAGGUUGGUUGGAAGAAGGUGGACGUCAACUUCCAUUCAUCAUUCUGGCCUUACCUUGCUCACAACAACAUACAUGUCAAGAACGAGUGGCUUCACAAUGCUGGUGCUGGUGUUAUCGCACACGUCGCAGACAGCAUCAAGCAGCAGGAGUCACGACCAUGUCUUCCUGCAAAUCUAUAGCCUUAGCAUUUUAGCACCCUAGUUGCUGGCAUUUUCUGUGACCAGUAAACCCACGGACAGCUUCCGAUAUUCAGCAGCAUUCACUGAGCAGCGAAAUAUUUGGUACUGGGAAGAUAGAAUGAGCUGUGUAUUGGUACUGCGAAAUAUGUGAUGCUCCACAUCCUCGUGAAACAGUGAUGAAUUCGAAGUUGAUACGUGAUGUUUCCCAGACAUAAUUUUAAAUGGCAGGCUAAA